CUCCUCUACAGAGACGUCAUGCAGGAGACCUAUGAGAAUGUGACCUCGCUGGGGUUUCCAGUUUCCAAAUCUGAUGUGAUCUCGCAGCUGGAACGAGGGGAGGAGCCGUGGGUCCCAGACCUCCACGGCUCUGAGAAAAAAGUGCUCCCGAGAGCUGCCUGCACAGAUGUUGGGAUGGUGAGUGAAAACGAGGAGGAACCCCAGCAGGAAGAUGCUGAGCGAGUAGAAGCACAUGGGAUGUUCUCAGGAAGGUCCAAAGGGAAUGAUUCUGGGAGCUGUGCACGCCCAGAAAAAACAAAAGCCUGUGAGAGUCAGCAGAGGCCAGAGGAAAACUUCAGUAGCCAGUCAGACCUUAUUACACGUGAGAGAAUGAACUUGGAAGGAACACGGUACACAUGCCUCGAGUGUGGGGAAAGCUUCAAAGGGAGCUCUGACCUUCUCACGCAUCAGAGAAUCCACACGGGUGAGAAACCUUACGCAUGCAGUGUGUGUGGGAAAUGCUUCAAGCGGAGCUCACACCUCAUUGCACAUAAGAGAAUCCACAUAGAUGAGAAACCUUAUGGCUGCCCUGAGUGUGGGAAACACUUCAAGCAGAGCUCAUACCUUAUUACACAUCUGAAAAUCCACACGGGUGAGAAACCUUAUGGAUGCCGUGAGUGUGGGAAGCACUUCAUUCAUAGUACAUCCCUCAUCUCACAUCAGAGAAUCCACACAGAAGAGAGGCCCUACACAUGCUCUGAGUGUGGGAAAAGCUUCAAUCGGAGCUCAAACCUGAUCACACGUCAGCGAAUCCACACGGGAGACGCACCCUACACAUGCUCUGAGUGUGGGGAACGCUUCCGUUAUAGCUCAGCCCUUAGCACACAUCAGAGAAUCCACACCGGUGAGAGACCCUACAUAUGCUCUGAGUGCGGGAAAAGCUUUAAUCAGAGCUCUACCCUAAUCACACAUCAGAGAACGCACACAGGAGAGACCCCCUACAUGUGCUCUGAGUGUGGGAAAAGCUUCAAGCAGAGCUCAACCCUUAUUAGACAUCAGAAAAUCCACAUGGGAGUGAUCUGUAACAAAUGCCUUGACUAGGGCUGGCCAAAGGUGGGUUUUUUUUUUUUUUUUUUAAAUCACAUUUGCUAAUGCCCACUCAGUGAUCUGUGCCCUGUCUUCACCGUGGUUACUCAGCCCCCCCAGAUGAGUUGCCUGCUCCUGCCUUUUGCAUCUCCCCCUUCUUUGGGGUCAGUCCUGUGAUCUUUUCUAUCAACUCCUUUGCUUUUGAGUCGAAGGAGCGUGUGUCCCUCCAGCCAGGAAUGUUCAUCAGCUCCAGGUGGGGGAGAGAGGUUUGUUCCCAACAAGCUACACUGAGGCAAAAACUACCCGCGCCGUACAUCCACUAGGACUGCACAUGGCGUUGGCUGCUGAAGUCAGUGAUCUUGGUGUUAAAAGACAAUUACAGUUGUUGUGCAGAUGCAGCCAAGGUGCAGUGGUUGGCAUUAGCUUUCCCCUUGACCUGACCUAAACUCCAUCACUUUUCCUAGUCUUAACAAACCCUGAGCAUCACAGUUAUACUGUUCCCCCAUUUCAUUUGCCUCCCAGAGCAGUUGUGGCCCCUGCCCUGCAGGAGGUUGCUCCUGAAGAUCUCCCCUUCCUAAUCAGGUGCAUGUUGCCUAUUAUUUGGGAAAUGCAAUCCCUUUCUAGGUAGAGAUGGGAGAAAUGGAAGUGACAUUUCUGUUCAGCUCACUCCUGGGAGAUGCUGUAAAUGUGUAGGAAAUGAAAUCCAUGAGGAAUGUGAGGGAGCUGCAGAAAGACACCUAGUUUGAGUAGAUACCUGACAUUUGGUGUCUUACAGGGUUUCUAAGCCGCACCUGAAUUUAGUCCCUUAUUUAAAUCUGCGCCACCAGAUUAAAGAAACAAAAGGGCAUAUUUGGGGGAGUUAUACCUAUCGCUACUGGUGUGUUGUGUGGUUGGGGAAGAAUUCUACACCAGAGAAGUGUAAAAUUGCUACAACUCAGGUCAAAGAUUUGACAAGAACUCAGAUAGAAAUGACAGGUACGAGUGGUUGAUUUUCACCCCAGAGAUGGAUGCUCUGGUGACCUGUGGCCGAGGUAUACUGUUUUUAGAACGCUGCUCCCUAGUGAAGUGCAUUGCUCACACUUCUAAAGGAUGCCAUGAUGAAACUGGGAACAACUGUCUUUUACCAUUUGGAUCCAAAGUUUCCUGAAGCACAGAGAGAAACAGCUGAUUCCUUCAGAGCCAUCCCAUGCCUAUGGGUCCCAAAUUGGCUGCCUUGCUGGACAAGAAGCACUUCCGUGUUGGUUAAAUGAUGGUAGCCAAUGAGGGAUUCCAAGUUCAGACUGCAGGAUACAUGAAUGCUGAGUCCAGAGUCUGUGGUUUGGUCUCUUAGUUUUGCUCUUGAGUCUAAUGCAUUUGUCUCACUUCUCCGCCUCCUGCUACUCUGAAAGAUUAGAAAGUGUGAAAGUAGAGCACAGGUGGUUUUUUUCAUGAUGCAGCCUUCCCACGUAGUGUGAGACCCCUUCCACCCACACUUCUGGGAGAAGACCCAGGGAGAAAUGAACCCUCAGAAAUGGAAGGCUCCUAGGUUAUGGUAGAAUGUGACUUCACACAGAGCUCACUGGGUGAAAAUGGGAAUUAAGAGAAAACUGCCCUAAAGGUUUAGA